AUGGCGUCAGCCCGUGGUAGUAGAAGGAGCAGUUAUUCGGAUAGUGGCAUUAGUAGUACUACUACCAGUAACGCUGUUAACCCACGUUAUGCUUGUUAUUGGCUAAAAUCAUGUAGAGGACAACAUGAAUUAGACGAUUGUCAUGCGAGACGUGGCGAGUUACAUGGAAAAUUAGGCAUCUACUACAGUUCAAACGGUAUAUAUCAGCGAUAUCUUCGUGAUCAAAUAAAUAACCUAUCGUUAGAACAUAAUCCAACGGGAUGUACGAUGAUUAAUUUGCUGAUCUACACUCAGCGAGAAGGUGAAAUCUUGAUCCUAUUUGUAACAAAAUUGGUCAAAGAAAAACAUCAUGAAAUCCCAACAACGGUAGAACGACGUGCAUUGUUAACUCUACCAUCGUCAUAUCCGCGUGAAAAAGGCGAAUUGCAGAAACAGGUGGCCGAAAGAGCUUUGGAUAGUGUUACACAUGAAAAAGAAAUUACAUCCAAUUUGCGAUCACGUCUCACACGCUUCUUGUUUGUAGAUGCAAGCGUUAUUUAUCCAUUACAUUUAACCAAUGAACAUGCAGAUCUAUUGACUCGUUCGUUCACCCCAAAUGAUGAAAUAUCUGCCCUACACUGGUUUGCUCUCUCAGCUGUUCUCGCCCAACUUCCCGAAUGGAAUAAUUACUUGGGAAGAGAAGCAGUUGGGAAGGAACUGGCACAAAUUCGCCAUAUAAGCCAUGCAGGAAUUAAGUUAGGAGAAGGAUAUGUGCUUUGGUCAGUGGUAGCGACUGUAUUGAUGUGUAUCAGACAGCACGUGGGAUUUGAAACAUUUCUCGAACUAUAG